AUGGAAAAGAUCUAUGGGGACGUGUAUCAUUCACCCUUCACAACUGCUACUUUGGCUUUUGCGACAGUCACUUGCAAUGCUCACGUUGUUGGAAGUUUGAUCAGAAUAUCAAAUGAACGUUGGCAAUAUUUUACCAGAUGGAUCAACUGUUGGUUGCUUCUGUUCAAUGUGCUCUUCAUUGUCAAUUGUGUCCUCAACUUGACCGGUCAACAUAGCCCUGCUUGCGGUGCACUGACUGUGUUUGUGAUGUUCAUGUCCUGGAUGAAUAUUUUACUCCAAAUGCUCCACUAUCGCUCGAUCGCACAAGUGAAACACUGGGUUAUUCGACCACCUCUGGCAUUCAACAGACGAAAACCUCACACAGUGGAAUUGAAAUUUGCGCUUACCAAGCUAAACAAGGAUCUUGCGCGAAUCAAACGUCGAAUGGCGUACAUGGAAAGUGUCCUAGAUCAGACGGUUGAACAGACUGGGAUGGGAUCGUAUAAAACACAACAGGAUGUUGGAAUUUACAGUGACGAUCCGGUGAUCAAGGAUUAG